UCACUUUCUCACUCUGUAAGGUAAAUAAAAUUAACUUUUGCUUUCAUUUAUAACGAAUAGAUUCGCUUUCAGUUUGAUUCAAAUCAAAGCUGUCUGGUCGAGAGAUAACAACAGCUCUUCUGGUAAACUUACAACGAUUGACUGUUAGAUCAUCGGUCGAAACCAAGACAACAGUAACCAGCUUACUAAGAACCCAAACUCAGCUUUUGUGUUACAUUUUGUACAUUGUUUUUAACAGUUUGUUACUGAUUUUUGUUUUUUCAUCAUGUUCCUAAUCAGUUUGUGUUUAAUUGUUCUAGUUGUUAACUCAAGUAACUGUGCUCCUCAAGCUACACCUAAUAGACAAGGUGGCUUCUCUGGUCAAUUGCAAGGUCCACCUCAACCACCUCAAAUAAACUGGGGUAAAUGUCCACAACUGGAACCAGUAGAGAGUGACAAAAAGGCUAAAGCAGAUAUCAUUAGUUCUUGUUUAAAAUCAAUUGCUCUUCCCGAAAAUAUGACCCAAGAAACGGUUGAAAAACAUCGCACUGAAGUAGCCAGAUGUGCCUUAAAUGCUGAAAAUUGGUUCACUGAAGAUGGUAAAUAUCGAUAUGACAAAGCCGAGAGCGAAAUAAAAGCCAAGAAACUGUCUCAAGAAGUUGAGCCUCAAAUUUUACGUCAACAUGGUGAAUGUCGAAAAGAAGCCGAGGGACAAUUUCCUUCUGGAAUCGCUCAAAUUCAAUUGUAUCAAGCUUGUAUGGAUUACCAUAUCUCUCAAAUCUGUGGUAUUACAAUUGUUGGACCCUCAUCACCUCAAUAGUCAAGUGAAUCGUCAAGUCCAUUGGAUCGCUCAAUAAUUUAACUUUGAAAUUGCCUUUUAGAUCCCAUUAACCAUUUUUUUCCUUGUUUAUACACUUAAAAUGCUCGAACCAAUUGUUCCCAUCCUUUCGACCAUUACAAUCAUUGCAAGGUUGAUAGUUGAUGUACUAAUCCAUUUUGUUGGUAAAUCGGUUAAACAAUGUAAUUUUCCGUAACUUGUGUUGACAUUAUAUAUAAUAAUAAGCUGUAUACUGUUUUUUGCAAAUCUUUCAUUUUAUAACAACAUUGAAUUUGUAAUUAAAUAGAAAUUGAAGGAAAG